AUGAAUAGUAACUUAACAUUUAUUGCCAAGAUAGGAUGUCCUCCGCCACCUGCAACCAGUACAAAUAGCUUUACUAAGCAAAGACCUAGUCUCUCCUCAUCAUUUACUAAUAAUUUCAAAAUCGAUCAGCAGAAAAAGGAAAUACAAUGGCAAGCUUCUAUCAAUAAAUAAACCUAGGAUUGGCAUGUGAAAUUUGAUUAAAUCUAUAAAUACUACACUGACGAUGAGCAAAAGCAUAAAAAAUGUAUCAAAACUAUGUUCAAGCAGAUCAUUUUACCUAGGCUCAUACAAACUCCCUAGUUUACAAUAGUCAUUCCAGCAGGUGAAACAAGUUAGAAUUUAGAUAAGAACAAUAAAAAAUUGAGUUUAGUGUAUUACACAAUAAAAGAUCUGCUAGAGAUGCAUUAAGAUAGUUAAAAUAUCGGUAACAUUGAUAGAGUUCCUGGAAAUUAGGCUAAUCUAGAGUUGCAUAAAAAUGAACAUCAAGGUCAAGAAUUCGAAUGUUAGCAUCAUUUUUCAAAACAAACUAUCUGCGACUGGACUGAAAGUAACUAGAAUAGUUACUCCAUUGAAAUUUUGAAUAACAUGAGACUCAUUUAACAGCAAUUAAAAAACUAGGCUAAAAAGCAGAAAGAAAAUUAAAAUCCAGAUGUAAUAUCUUGCCUGCAAUCCUAAAUCGAAGAUCUUAAGAGAUCAGGAGAUUAUGAUCAAGUUAUCAUUGAAGAAGACUAGGAGGCAGAAGAAGGUAAUAAUAAUGAAUCAAAAUUUAAUGGUGAGUUAUCCAUAGUUGCAGCAGCUAACAACUAGGGCGAGGCAAAUAUCGACUAAUCAACUAAUAUGAUAGAAGAUCUUUCUCUGCUAAGAAAAUUAUCAUUGGAAAUCAACAGAAACUAUGAAAAGUUUGCUGGCAUCAGAAAGAGUCUCAAUAUUUUCAACAAUGGAACUUCAACUAAUGCAACACCAAGCACGAAGAAGGGUUUAGUAAGUACAUCAAAUCUUGAGAAUGCCAUUCGAUAAUCAAUAUUGAACAAUUAGAAUGGAAUAGAAAACGUUAAUCAAAGCAAUAUUGCUGUAGAAAUUGAAAAAUAGUUCAAGGCUUUGCUUGAUUAGAAAAUGGCCUAAAGCACAAGAGAUAAAUAAAUCAUUGAAGAUGCACUUAUUAGAUAGCAUUAAAGCACAUCUAAAAAUAGAGCUAAAGAAUUCUCAUCCCCAAUUAAUAAUAACAAUAAUAUAAAGACUUUGACAGGUAGAAACCAAGAAAUAGAAAAAAUACUCUCAGGAAUGAGAGUGCCUGCUGAUAUUGCUUUGAAAUCCCAAUCAAACAAGAUGGAAACUAAGAGUGAUGAAAAAGAGGACUCUUUUGAUAUCGGAGAAGAAUCAGUUGCAAAUGAAACAGAUUUUAAUCAGAGAAUUAGAAAGGUUCAACCGCUAGCAGCUAGGAAUGUACCCAAAGGUAAGGAAUCCCAGAAAUUUAUGGAUAAUCUCAACUCUACUUAAGCUGCAAAAAAUAACUUAGAUAAAAUUCAAGCAGGAAUACUGCCUCCAAAGAAUGUCCAGAAGUUAAUGAAGCACUAUAAUACAGAUGCUCCUUAAGGAACUAGCUUUGAAAAUCAAAGAUCAGCUACAAGAUAGCAACACCCCUAACUUUCAGCCAAGAGAUCUGAAAGCAAGGGAAAUAAUAGAGGAAAUCAAAGUGCUACUCAUAACUCUCACACAGCGAGUUAUAAUAAUCCUUAAUUUUAUUCAGCAACAACUUUACUCGCAUAAAACUAAAAAGCAAUACUUAAGACAAGACCUAGAAGCAAGAAUAGUAAUUAGCUGGUGAAUUAAUCAAACAGCCAAUCUUAGUCUAAUUUCAAAAUUGGAAGUGUAGCAAACUUAUCGCUUACCAUAAAACCUAAUGUUUCCUCUAACUUUUUGGGAUCUACUUCAAAAUUUACUACAAUUGAUCUAAACAAGAUAAGUAAAUAUGGAGCAAAAGCUAAACUUAAUUAGUCUCACCAGUUGCAAUACCUUAAUUAAACUGCAUAACCUAUUAGUUGCAUAUAAAGCAAUAAUCAACCGAAUAAAACUAACUCAGUCAACUAAAACUUCGAUAGGACGAAAAGCUCGACAAGUAAAUAAGGAAGGCAAAAGUUAGCAGAUAGGAAUCAUAUUAGUACAGUUUAUGAAGAAGAAUCAGGAAUGGAGCCAGAAUAUGGUUCUAGAAGUCCCAGCAUCAAAGACGAAAGAGGUAGUAUUUUACCUUUAGAGAAGCCAAAAGGACUUCAGAUAGGAUCAUAAGACCAUCAUUAGCCUUACUUUAAAAUUUAAUCAAACGAAUCCUCUAAUAGAAAUUCGCUUGUUAGCAGAAUAGCUAAUCUUUCUACGGCUAAUUUCAUAAAGACUAAUGAUAUAUUAGUUGAUGAUGAUAAUGGCUAGAAUUUUAUAGCCUAGAAUUAGAAUUAGAUGGUCCCAUAGCCUCGAGAAAGUAUUAAUAAGAAGAAUAAAUUAGUCCUUAAGCAGGUGCGUGAGGGCUCUUAAAACAGGCCAAACUCCACAUAAUAGAAUUAUAGUUCACUUGAUUCUAGUAAUCUUUAUAAUAUGAUUUCAUCUCAACAUCAUCCUCAAAAAUAAAACAUGCGCACUCUGGAUGCAAAUGAAAAGGCCAUGAUUGCUAAGUUUUAUCAUAAUCAACCACCCAAAUAAAACUUCGAUGAUCAUCUAUAAAGUUUCGAGAAUAAAAACUCUCUAAACAUAGAUAGUCGUAUUCUAUAGUCAUCUUAAUCUAAGAGAUUGACUGAUCUUAAAGAAGCCAGAAUUAAGAAUAGAUCUGAGUCUAGAUAAAAAAUAAAUAACAGUCAUCAUAACAACACCAGUAAUCAUAAUAAUCAUCAUAGUAAUAGAGUUCUAAGUGGAAAUUUGUCAUAAAAUUUAUAUUCUUCUCUUAAUAAGAGUGGGCAGUAUACUAGUGGAGGUCAUCACAUAAUAAACCCUCAGAAUACAAUCAAUAAUUCCUCAAACUUAGAUGAAACUAUCCAAGUAGUAAAAGAUAUUCUUCAGAUAAAACGAAACUAGUCUUAGACUAAUGUAUCUCUCUUGCUGAGCAAUUAGAAUGGAAACGCAUCACAAGGUGGUCUAAAUGCAAGUAUGCUAUUCGAUAAAUAGAAUCACACCCCAAAUGCUCUUAAUGAUAGUAUCACAAAUUCAUCAAUAGCCAUAUAAACAUAAAAGAAGCCUCCGGUAAGACACUAUAAGAACUUCAUCAGCCAUGUAAAUUAAAGUGUAGAAAUGAACAAUGAUCUAAAAAGUAGUAUUCUUUCAUAGGGCAAAGAAAAUCUAGACGAGUUUUUCAUUAUGUAUGAAACUUUUAAGCAAACUAACGGUACAUAACUACAAUACAUAACUAGUAAUGGGAAUCUUAGUGGCUAAGGCAACAUUAGUGGACAAGCAAUUUUGAGUCAGCAGUGUUCCGUCAAUAAAAAGAAGACAAACAUGAUAUUUUCUCCAGAAUCUAAAAAAAUAAGCCUAUUCAAUCCAUUAUAAGUUAGUAAUGGCAGCAUUGGAAAUACCUCUGGCCAUAACUCAAGAUUGUUUCUAAAUCAUUAAAGCUAGAAUUUACUCUAAAAUCAUUAAAAUCAAGUUCCUGUAUAGAAUAUGAAUCAGAGUUAGCAUACCUUUUAGCAAAAUCAGAAUAAUUCACAGCAAAACUAGUAACAAUACCGCACAAGAUCAACUAGUGAGUAUGUAAAUAUUGGAAUGAAUAAUAAUCAACAAAGGCCUGUUCUGAUAAAUAGAAGCAACUUUUAAUAACUACAAAGAGAGUUGUGA